UUCAAGCCUCACAUUCUGAUGGUUCUUGCUCAGAUAGCCUACACUUUCAUGUACAUCAUUACGGAAGCUUCGUUCAACCACGGCAUGAACCCUUUCGUCUACGUUACUUACCGGCACAUAGUUGCCGGUGUAAUAACGCUGCCUUUUGCCUAUUUCAUCGAAAGAAAAAUUCGACCAAAACUGACGUUGGCUCUUUUCCUGGAGAUCUUUGUCCUCUCUCUUCUCGGGGUGAGUUUGACACUAAACAUGUACUUCACGAGCUUGAAAUACACGUCUCCAACACUACUGGCAUGCAUGGUCAAUACUAUAGCUUCCUUGACAUUCAUACUAGCUGUUAUACUCAGAAUGGAGAUCGUAAAUAUUCGCAACCCUCGAGGGAUUGCGAAAAUCCUAGGAACAGUGGUCUCGUUGGUCGGUGUAAUGACUAUGACAUUGUACAAGGGACCAGCUCUGAAAAACAUCGGACAUGCGCUUGUACAUAUAAAAGGAAGCACAGGCGUUGUAGAGGGGAAUUGGUUGAAGGGUUCGCUUCUUACCGUUGCAAGCUGCAUCACAUGGUCUAUUUGGUACAUCAUGCAGGCAUAUACUCUGAAAAGAUAUCCAGCACAGCUUUCACUGACCACAUGGAUGAAUUUUGUCGGAGCAGCACAGUCGGCUGUAUUCACAGUUAUCGUACAGCACAAACGAGCCGCAUGGACAAUCGGUUUCAAUAUUGAUCUCUGGUCUACCUUAUACGGUGGAGUAGUUAUCUCGGGCAUAGUGACUUUUGUUCAACUGUGGUGCACGGAAGCUAAGGGGCCGGUAUUCGUGACAAUGUUUAAUCCCCUUUCGACAUUGCUGGUUGCAGCUUUAGCGUAUUUCGUACUUGGUGAAAAAUUGAACGUUGGAAGCAUACUAGGUGGAGUUAUUGUUGUUAUGGGACUCUACUUGCUACUAUGGGGAAAAGAACUCGACGAAGCACAGAUAAAUCUGAAAGGGAAUGAAGAACCGAAAUUCUCUUCUGAUGAAAAUAAUUUUAAAGGAGAAGCAUAGAAGUUCUUGAUAUUUCCUUGGCCAGAAAAAAAGAAAAAAAAAAAAAAAAAAAAAGCACAAAUAAUAUAUAUAGUAUUGAGACACGAGAAACAAUCAAAGCACUCAUGCCUGCAGUAUGGAGAAACAAAAGACAAAUUUGAGUAGCCUAUGGUUAUUCGAGUACUAAAUUUCUUUAGAUCCUAACAACGUAAAAAGCAAGAAAGAUAUUUCGACAUCUUGUGGGAAGCAUUUUGUAUUUGAGUAGCUCACUAAACCGUCUAUCAUGACAUAGUCAAGGAAGAGCAUUUACCUCA